GUCAUAAAAUCUUCAAUAGGAUUUUGCAUCGCUAUGGCGGACUAUUGGAGAGGAUUGGUUGCCGAUUAUCGGUAAAAUAGCACAGUUCAAUAGAAGCAUUGUGUCACCCAAGCGCAUGGUGAGCUCAAACGAUAUAGCAACAUGCUUGUGUUCAAACGAUGCCAAUAACACAAAGAUAGAGGCAAGUGGCAAAAAAGUUGAACAAAGACAAAAGAUGCGAUUCGCACUACUGUUAAUCAACUGUCUAAAAUAGAUGUGUUGCAGUCAUUCGAUGACACGAGUUUAACCUGCGUCAACUUGUUACGCAUUGCGUCGCAAUUCAAUUCACUGCAAUAUAAUUUAGAAAAUCAAAAGUGAUCUAGUUUGUUCCGUUCGAAGAACGUGAUUUAGGUUGAAAAAGUUCUUUUUGUGUUCAAAGGUGAAGAAUUUCCUAGACAACAUAUUUGUGUUUUUGAGUGUCAAUUUCCAUUGUUUUUCAUCGGAACAAUUUUGCAUAAGACACGAGCCAAUGAUGUGUUCUCGUGAAGAGCUGAAAAAAUUGUUGUACGAGCUACUGUACCGGUUGGAUCAAGUGGCAUAUUUGGGUGCAAGGACGCAAUUUAAAGAUGAGUGUAACAGUUUGAAUUCACAAGCAUAUUCGGGCUACAACGACAAGAUACAAUUUGGCAAUGGAAAUAUUCACUUUGAAAAUAUUCUACGCUUUCAAAAGGCAUACAUUCGUUAUUUCGUGUUUGCCUCGGAUCCGUUCACCGAAUUCAUUGUUCCACUCACAUCAUCGUCGCUGGCAUUGUUCAUAACAAACAUUCUGGCGCGAGAUGGGGCCGUGCCAAAAUUACCUUAUCACACAUCACGUACCAUUAUCGAAUUUUUGCAGAUUACACAAAGUCAUGUGGUCGAACGGUUGUUGUUGCAUUACAAGAGCGAUUUGGUGAAAGUGAUCAAGGAGCAACGAUUGCCGUACAACAUCGAUGUGCUUGCACAGAUUCGACGUGAUUGUUACCAUCAGAAUUUCAGCGACCCAAAUUCAUUGCAGAACAGCCAAGUGCUCGAAAUCGCCGAAGAAGCGCAGCAGAUUUUUUUUCAACAAAUACUGCCCAAAACAGUUCACUACCAAUCGAUAGAGCACACACACGAAGAGUACGUCAUUCAAGUGCCGAUUCAAGGCACAAACAUUUCGGUGGUGCAACCAGCUACGGCCGAUCAAGUGAUGAGCACAAUCAUGCAAGCCGGCCAAACCGAAACCAUCAUUCAGAAUGUCGAUGUGACAGCACCAUUGUACAUUUUAACACCCGGCGCUCCAGUCACCAUCCAAAUUCCGACAAACGAGAACGCCAUACCAGUCGCUCCAGUCAUCGAAAUUCCCUUGCAAAAUGAUGUGGCAAACGAGAGAAUGACCAUGGAUAUUGGUAAAACGGAAAUCAGCAGUGUAACAGGCACAGCGUCGAAUCCAUCGCAGAUAUCAAACCAUCAAUUGUGUGCUGGUUGCGGCAAACCGAUCCAAGAUCGUUAUCUGCUCAAGGCAUUGGAUAUGCUUUGGCACGAGGAUUGUUUAAAAUGCGGUUGCUGUGAUUGUCGAUUAGGCGAAGUCGGUUCCACAUUAUACACCAAAGGAAAUCUAAUGCUGUGCAAAAGAGAUUAUUUAAGGUUAUUUGGGAAUACGGGUAUGUGUUCGGCCUGUAACAAAGUGAUUCCGGCGUUUGAGAUGGUGAUGCGAGCACGAAACAAUGUUUACCAUUUGGAGUGUUUCGCGUGUCAACAAUGCAACCACAGAUUUUGUGUUGGUGAUCGAUUUUACUUGUGUGAAAAUAAAAUCUUGUGCGAGUACGACUAUGAGGAGCGAUUGGUGUUUGCAUCGAUUGGAAAUCAUCCGAUGAUGAAGCGCCAUGCAAACACAAUUGCCCAGAAUCCACCGCCACCGUACACAAAAAGCAGUCCUGGCAAUAUGCCAAACGGAACCAAUGUGAAUAGUGUUUCGCCCAUGCAACAGCAAGUGAUGGGAAUGGAUCAAACACAGUCACCGCACCAUCAUCAACAGGCUCACAUUCAACAGUCAAAAAUGCAGCACGAUGAUCACAACAACAACAAUCAUGGUCCAGCCAAUGGUGGUAGUUGCGGCAUAGCUGCCAAUCAAUUCAAUGCGCCACUCAUGAAAAUUCCGCAUAGCGCCUAAGCUCACACGCACUGCAGAUAUUUUCUCAACUGGCUCAAAAGUAUAUAAAGUACUGUAAUUUUUUUUUUUGAUUAAUUUUAAGAUAUCCAAAUACGUACAAAUCCAAUGAAUGGAUUUGCAUUCAUAACCAAUGCCAAAACACGAACAAAGGCCAUAUUUACACAUUGUGUGUAAACGAUAAAAAAAUCAUGAAAAUAAUCUCAAUUUGCUUAGGAAUUAUUGAGUAAUUUCUAAGAUCUAUUCGAUUUCCUGUUUUCUUUCGGGAAUUCGAUUAAAACGUACUGAAACGAAACUGAAAUGACUCCACUUUUUGUUCCAGGAGUUCAAAUCGAUGUAAAUUAUCAGUAAAUUGAUUUUUUUUUAACUAGAAAAAGAAAUUUUUUUUUCAUUAAAUUUCCUUCUCAUUUAUUCAUUAAUUAACUUCUUUGCUAAUAAACAAGAAUUCGUUGGACAGUUUGCAGACGUUAGCUAUGUUCACAAGUGAGUCUAGAUCAAUUGCAUUGAAUGUGCACUGCGGUCACUGACAAAUGUAACAUGCGCGGCUUUGUUAUUUGCCGGUACUCGAGUCGAUUCGAUAAAAAAAAAGAAUCAGAAAUGCCAACGAAAUUAAACAGAAGCGAUUUUUGAUUUGAACCCAACGUUCAAAACUCGUUCGAAGCCGAAACCGUUUUGACUAGAGUCAAAUUGUGUACAUUUCCGACCAGAGUUGGAGUGUAACACAUUCAAACGGGCACACGUCGUCUUCGAACAGAGUAAAGCGAAGAGAAAAAAGAUAAAUAAACCCAUCAACACAUAAUUUUUGUUGUUAUUGUGAUAUUUGUUGAAGAAAAACAUUUAAGGAAGAGAAAAAUAGCAUUUUAUUUAAAUGAAUAUUUGAGGAUAAAACGAAGAUGGUGAAAAAGAUUUAAGUUAAAUUUGUAAAUAUACGCUAUAAACAUUCUAUCUCAAAUUAACGCUCAUUUCAAACCCCCCAAAAAAUAAAGAAUAGUCGACUGAAUGUUGUUUAUUUCGAAUAUACAUCGAGGAAGUACUUUUCUUCCGUCAGACAAACGAUUUCAUAAGAGAAGAAAAACAAAUUCCGUGAGAGAAAACAAAAAUAUUGACAGAAAAAACAUAUUCACACAUCCGAAACUGUUGUCUAAAUCGUAAACCAAAUAAAGAAGCGAAAAAUAUCGUGAAAUAAUCUUAAUGUACAAUUCAGUAUUAAAUGUGGAGCGAAACAAUUGAGCCAAAUAAAUAAAAAUAAUGGAAAUGGAAA